CAAUGUCUCGCUUCUUGCUUGACGGUGAACAAUCUGCUGGUUGAGGGGCCAAUAUACCACAAAACAAGACUUCUCCUCCAGCAUUUGGAUUUGCCACCAUGUUUACCCCAAAGCCUGGGAGAUUUCCAGCUCUUGUGUUCCUUCUGGUUCUGUCAAGCAAGGCGGUCUCAAGAUGUCUACUUAGCCACGGGGAGGUAGCAACCCAUGGACCCCAGGAGUCGAACCUGUCUGAGCUACCACCUCAACCAAUGCCCCCUGUAGCCCUCACCAAAGACCUGACCAAAAACGCAUCAGAAGUCUCCGUUACCCAGCAAACAAUGAGAACUGAAACCUCAGAGACAGACCAUGAGACUGAGCUCUCCCACACCACUGUGAGAGUUAAACAAACACCUGUCCCAUCUGCCCUGCAUCCACCCAACCCUACCACUGCCAUCAACUCCUUCACAGAAGGGACAGCAAAAUCCUCCAUUCCAGGAAGCGUCAGUGCCUCGAACAGAGUGACAUGCCCGACCAUGACCCCUAAGGGGAGAGGGCUGGUAGGUCAGUGCCUGAUCAUCAUCGCUGUGCUGGCUGCUGUGAUAACAAUGUUCAUUGUCAGCACCGUCAUCCUCUUGACCAAGCUGAGGUGCAGCAGAUACAGACACAGGGCUCAGCAGCUGCAGGGACAGGGCACAGAGAUGGUGUGCAUCUCAGGAGUGGUCCCCACCAGAACCACUUAUGGAGGCCAGGGGAGAUACAGAUGCCCCACAAGCAACAUCACCCUAAUGCCCAGCACAGAGGACAGCGAGGGGGACAAUCUCACUCUCAACAGCUUCAUCCCAGCCGUUGACGGAUGCUUGUAACACUUCACAGUCAAACUCGCAAUUCACAGUAACACACUUGCACUUUGUCAGCUAUGUAGCAAAUGUUUUGUACUUAUACAGAA